AUGGUUACGGAGAAGCGUCUUUCUCUACCACAGAGAAGUAUUUUGAAACAAAAGUCGAACUAUAAUGAUGAAGAUGGAACUUCAGAUUCCUUGCAGAUAUCAUCACAAAUGCAAUUCUCCAUGCAUGGCUUGACAAAAGAGCAGCUACUAGGGGGGAAUAAUACCACAUCGAGGAUUAACACUGCCCAGCUACAGUCAAAGCUAAAUAGGAGCGUUUCAUUUGCUCCUGAUGUGACCUUACACAAAUUUGAUUUUAUACCUGAAAUACCCAUUAAAAUUAGAGUUCCAAGACGAAAGAGUAUGCUGCACCCAUUGGAACCAACUCAGCUCCAGAAUGAAACAAUGGAAUUAACCAAUCCUGUUAAUACGGAAUUUUUAGAGAAUGAAAAUGAAGGUGCUUCUAAUUCUCCAAUAUAUGAGCCUGUGUUUGACAAAGAAGUCUCUAUGGAAAUUACUCAAUUGUUCACGAAACACAGUGGUACCCCGGAACCUGAUCAGAUAGGACUCCUGGAAGAGGCUAAUACUGCGGAAGAGACUAUGGAACUCACAAACAUGCAGCCUACGUUGACCUUGAAGCCUGCGGAAGAAUCAAUGGAGAUCACGAAGCCAAUAGGAGCAGAUACACUUUCAACCGAAGUUUAUGUUAAUGAAGAAGAAGAGGAACCAAUGGAUAUAACAGACCAGCAGUUUAUCGAAAGAUCACUGUCUCCAAUUACAUUGGAAUCCUUAACUCAAAAACAGUAUGAUUCCACGAUGGAAAUUACAAACGUGUUUGAGUUGAAUGCGGGCGAUGGAAAACAGAAACCACCUAUGCUAAUGCAUUCAUCUCAGUUUGUCACCUCUACACAAAAUGAUCAUCCUUUGGAUGGAACUAAAACUUUACUGGAACCUAUAAGUUCUAAAAGACGUAAACUAGAUGACAGUGGACAUUAUAGUUCACCCUUGAAAGGACAAAUAAUGUAUGAAGAUAAUCUGUCCGAUGCCGAAAGAUUAUCUCCUAUUCCAGUGCCGAUCGAAUAUACGCCUGACAAGAAGCCACUUAGUGAUAUCUCUAUUAGGAAAUCGCCGUCUAUAAUCGCGGGUGAUUUUUCUAAUACCACAAUUAAACCUUCCUUUCAGGAUGAGGUUGCAGAACCGAUUCCCCUAAAAAAGUUUUUGGAUGCAGCUGGAAUCUCUUUCUCAGUUGACCUAGCCAGCAUCGAAAAUUUUGUUCCUCUUGAUUUCACCUUUACCGAUGACAUAGAAGCGAUAUCUACAGCUCAAAUUUACAAUUCACUCUACUUACAUGCACCAAUAUUAGAAAUCUACUCUUUCAUAACAAAAGAAUUGUACCGUAGAGUAACAGAUUCCCAAAGGCUUUUUCAAGAGUUAGAGGAGCAAAUAUCGAAUAAUCCUCCACCAUCUUUAUUUCGCACCUAUUUUGAAUCUUCCGAUGAAGCGAAAGUAAGCAUUAACGAACAAAUUACAUUGAUCCAGCACUUUGCUGGAAUGGAGGCUAAAAAGGUUUGGGUAGAAUGGAGGUGUCAGCACUUGAGAGGAAUCAAGGCUGUAUUAGAAGAGAACCUGUCGAUCGUGGAAAAAGAAUAUUUAGAGGUCGUGAAACAGUUAACCGAGAUCAAUAGCAUUAAACAAAGAGUUAAAUCAAUUGAGAAAACACUAAUACAAGAGGUUGAACUUCUGAAGCAAGGCGGUGCAAUAAUCCCUAGUACCGUUGGCUUUUCAGAAAAGCUGAAGGUUGAAAAACUCAAGAGAGAACUAUCGAAGAGUAUGGCUACAAUUAAUAAUAUGGAAACCCUUCAGAAACAGCAUAUUGAUAUCACAGAAAAUAUCACUAAGCUCAAAACCCAAAUUGCUGCAAUGAAACAGGAAAUCGACUCCCUAAAGAGUGCCCAUGGCAGAAAUAAGGCAUAUUUGGAUUACGACGUUAAUAAAAUCAAGGCUAUAUUUCAUCAGACACAACUAUUCACUGGUAUAAAAUUUGAUAGGCUAGUAGGAUCUUUGCUGCAGGUGUCGUUGCAUUCAAACAAACUCAAAAUUACCCUAGAUUUGUCAAAAGCGGACGAUUUAGAAAGCCUCAAAAUUGCAUACCACAUUCCCAAUGACGCGGAGGCUCAUUUUACCAAAUUUUUACUUGACAACUUGAAGAAGCGGUCCAAAAACGUACUCUCUUUUGUAAAAAACAUACAGAAUGAGUUAUUAGCCGUUAAGAAGCUCAAUUUAGAAUUCCAAAGGCUUCAAUGCAUAUUGCCGUCUAAAAUCAUGAAGUCAGCCAAUGGAUUGGUACUUCAUAUUACAGAUCUUGAAGUCGCCAGGAAUACAAAGGUAAUUUAUCGCCUGGCUAUAUCUGAUUUUGCAGACAUAAUAGUCAAACAUGGUAAAGGAAUAAUAACAAUGUCUGCACAGGUUGUCUACGGGAAUGGCAUUACUCAAGAGUUAUUGGAGCGGCACAUUCUUGCUAAGUCUAGAAAACUUUUACCCUGGUUUAAGGAACUACGGCCUAUAAUAUAA